UCUUGUUUUCUCCGUUGCCGCCGCGAUCGGUUCCUCUUUUUGUUCUCCGCCCUUCUUCCCUGAGCUCAGGUGUUGAGAUCCUCAAAACGCGAAGGUCCAUUAGCGCCGGUUUUCCCCUCCCAUGGCUUCCCUUCUCCGUUCUUCCCUCAGCUUCGCCGCCUUUGACGCUUCCUCUGCGGAGGCUUCCUCCCAGUUCUUCUGGAAGCCUUUGGAACCACCAAAGAUUGGCAAUUUGCCUCUGAAUUUGGUUCGAACGAGCAAUGCGCGCCUGAGAAUUCGGGGAUCCGUUGAGGAAAAACAUACUCCAGCAAGAAAAGCUUCAAAAGAGCCUUUCAGAUUGACUAGAGAAGAAGAGGGUCAAGUUUUAGAUCCAUUUCAAGAGUUGGAAUAUAGAUUCAAGAGAUUCAAAAGGAAAAAUUAUGUGGAGAACUUGGUUGAUUAUCAAAAUCUUGCCGAGCGGCAGUCACCCAAGUUCAUGGUAAUUGCAUGUGCGGACUCAAGGGUCUGCCCUUCAAACAUCUUGGGAUUUCAACCUGGGGAAUCAUUUACGGUGAGGAAUGUGGCAAAUCUAGUUCCACCUUUUCAGCAUGGGGCUUCAGAAACUAGUGCAGCACUUGAGUUUGCCGUAAACUCUCUUGAGGUUGAAAACAUCUUAAUUGUUGGCCAUAGUCGUUGUGGAGGCAUUCAGGCCCUAAUGAGUAUGAAAGACAAUGCUGAUUCAAGAAGCUUUAUCAAAGAUUGGGUUUCUAUUGGAAAGAGUGCAAGAUUAAGCACAAAAGCUGCUGCUGGAAAUUUGAGCUUCGAAAUGCAAUGUAGACAUUGUGAAAAGGAAUCGAUUAACGGCUCGCUGCUGAACUUGCUAACAUACCCAUGGAUCGAGAAAAGAGUGAGUGAAGGGACACUCUCUCUUCACGGAGGCUACUAUGACUUCAUCGAUUGCACCUUCGAGAAAUGGACUCUUGUGUAUCGAGAAGGAUUAGAGGGUGGCAGUAAGUAUGCAAUCAAAAACCGUGCCUUGUGGUCCUAAAAAUCCUUUACUGGUCAUCAGGAUCGAGCUUACGAGUAUGCUGCUAUGUCCUCCUCUUUGUUGUACCUCGAGGUAAUUAUCUCCCUCUCUCUCUCUCUCUCUCUCUCUCUCUCUCUCUUCAGCUGCUGUAUUUUUAGCUCAUUUCAACUAUAUGACAUUUACGUUGGGUGAUUCAUCUAUAUAUCUACUGUUUGAGAUGA